CAGAAAACUGCAGGCGUGCCGCGAGUUCUGAAUCUCUCCGCCCGGCUACCCGCAGGGCGCUCCCCUCUCCUCUCUUUAGGGAGGGGCUGGGAACGUCCCAACACGUUCGGGAAGAGGCGCCCGUAGUAAGAGCGGCUGCCGAGGUGGCUCCAGCGCGGGGAGGCCGAGGAAGGCGUGGGACGUUCUUCGCAGCCCUCAGCCUGCCCGCGCAGCGCCGAUUUGGCGCUCUCUUCCUGAAGGCCGCUCGGGAGGAGUGAGUCGAUCGGCCCCGCGAUGUCUCUGGAGGAUCCGUUCUUCGUGGUGAAAGGUGAAGUUCAGAAAGCAGUAAAUUCAGCACGUGGGCUUUAUCAGCGCUGGUGUCAGCUGCUUCAGGAGGCUCAUGUUGUCAGCAAAGAGGAAUUUGACCGGACGACAAAUGAACUCCGCAACAGCUUGCGCAGCAUUGACUGGGACUUGGAGGAUCUCGAGGAAACCAUUUGCAUUGUGGAAUCGAACCCACGUAAGUUCAAAAUUGAGCCCUCUGAGGUAGCAGCCCGGCGUGCUUUUGUCACAGAGAUGCAGGGAUCAGUUAAGGAAAUAUGGGAUCACAUAUCUAGUCCAACAGCACAGGCUGUUUUGGAGAGGAAAAACAGAGAGAUGCUGGUGGGAAGCAGUGAACGACACAGGCUCCUGGACGCAGAGGAACUCUCAACAGUCAAUUCACAUGCACUAGAAGAACAGCAGUUGCAUCAGAAGCUUAUCAUUGAUGCCCAGGAUGAGCAGCUGGAGCUGGUCUCUGGUAGCAUUCGAGUGCUGAAACACAUGUCAAAGCAGGUUGGAGAGGAGCUGGACGAACAGGCUGUGAUGCUGGAAGACUUUGCUCAUGAGAUGGACAGCACUCACAGCCACAUGGAUGGAGUGCUGGUAAAAAUGGCCAGAGUCUCACACAUGACCACGGACCGGUGUCAGUGCUGCAUCAUUUGUGUAUUGCUCAUCGUUGCCGUGGUGGUGGUGAUUCUCCUGUUCGUUUUGUGAUCAAAUGGCAGGAAAGGGUGGCAGUGACCAAUCCCAUCCAUUGAGUGGAAUGCCUGCCUUGGAUCUUGAGCCAAAAGUGGGAAAGCCUUCCAAUUAGCCAAGAAAGAAGUUAUUUUAUUGAAGAGAUUACUACAGAAUUGUCCCUCUUUACUGUUCAGAGCUGCAGAUGUGGUAAAAGGGAGGACUGGAAAGCCGAAGGUUAGUACCUUUGUAUGGUGAAUCUGCAGAAUCUCCUUUUGAUGUAUGCACUUAAGAUAUCAAGAUGAAGUUACACACAGAGGCUGGUACCCAUUAAUGUUGAGAGGAUGUUGCACAUGCGUUUGUUUUGCCAGUACUGCAAACAGAGGCACCACGUUUCUGUCUUCUGAGUAGCCUCUUCCUUGCAUUUUCAGUCAUGUAAGAAACAGCGCGCGCGCGCGCGCGCGCGCACACACACACACACACAGAGCUGACUAAUCUUACUGACAUUGAAAAACACGGAUCUUUAUAACAUUUCUUUGAAUGAAAGCAAGCUGGCUCUACAUUAGGUACAUUUGCCAACCAGCUGUGAUUGAUUUAAGCUGUCAGUUUUGUUUCAUCUUGAUUAAUGCCAGAUGGGAAUUGUGGCUGGAUUGGGCAGGAUGAUAAGCUGUCUUGCUUUUUUAAAAGAUUAAAUUACUCAGGGUUGAGGAUGGUCCAAAGCUGUCUUGCAGUUUAAGUGCCAAGAGACUUACCUUGCUUAUUAAAAGGGAAAACAGAAUUCAGGAGGCCAAGAUCCAAUUCCUAAUGGGAUGACAGCUCCCUCUAGACACUGGGAGCAGAACAUAACAGUCCUGUCUCCCAGAUCUCAGCCUUCGCGCUGUGCUUCAAGGUACCAGUGCUGCUUUUGUGCUGGUAAUUGUGCUGGAAAUAAUUUGCAAAUAAGUCUACUCAGUCCCCCCUUUCCAUUUUGGCACUGGACACACUUAUCUUCAGCAUCCUCCGACUAAGUCUAAAUGCAUGCCAAUCCAACUCUCAUUGCCUGCAGGCAGAGGCUACUUUCAACUAAGUCCCUGUGGCUUCUAGACUUCCCUAGGCAACAGGCCUCUGCAUGGCUGCUUAGGUCUUGCAUGCAGUCAGAAUCCAUUCUGUAUUUUUAUUGGUACAAUAUUGUAAGAUGCCAAAGCAAC